UUUUACGCGAUAAGGUCUUUGGGAACGGUAGGUACCCUCCGGAAUUGGAGAAAAUUGGGAGGUACAUUGGCCACCAGUGUCAAGGGUUGCCACUUGCAAUUGUUGCAAUUGGUGGACUACUUUCCAAGAUGAGCAAGGAAACAAGUUCUUGGGAGAACGUUGCAGAAAAGGUAGGAUCACUUAUGACCAGUGACACUAUGGAUUGCUUGAACAUACUUUCUUUGAGCUACAACCACUUGCCUCAGUACUUGAAAACAAACAUGCUUCCUUUAUAUGGGAGUUUUUGCAGAAACUCAUGAGAUUCCGGUCUGGAAGUUAAUAAAGUUAUGGAUUGCUGAGGGAUUCGUCAAGAAAGUUUAUCAUAAAAAUCUUGAAGAUGUGGCAGAGGAAAAUUUGAGGGAGUUAGUUGAUAGAAGUUUGGUUUUGGUGGGGAAGCAUAGCUCCCUAGGUUUUAUCAAGACUUGUAAAAUGCAUGAUCUCGUUCGAGAUAUGUGUUUGAGAGAAGCCCAAUAUGAGAAUUUUAUUCACUUCAAAACAAGGUAUGACAACGAUGAUCUUCUAGAAAACUUUAAUUGUCUACGUCGUGUAGUUGAUUUCAAUAAAUAUGGAUACAGUGAAAUUCCUAAACUUAUGCCACUCACACGUUCUGUUUUCUUCAAAUAUCCACACUUUUUUUGUUUCCUCUCACAGUCAAGCUUUAGAUUACUUAGGAUAUUAGAUGUUUGCUUUACAUCUUUUUUGUACUGUAGUCAAUCCAUAUCAGAACUUGUUCAUUUGAAGUAUCUUGCUUGUCCGUCCUUUGAUGGUCUUGUGCAAUCAGUAUGUAAGCUACGGAAUAUACAGAACUUAGUUAUUCAUGAUUUAAAUUUAUCUGGUUUACAUAUGAGAACCCAGUCCCUACCAUGGGAAGUUGUGAAUAUGCCUCAACUAAGACAUAUCCAUACAAAAAAGUUCAGUCUUUUCAUACCCCCACCUACAUCACUAAUUGCUGAGAGGGAGAAUCACUUGCAAACGUUAACCGGAUUGGAGCCCUCAUCUUGUAACGAUGAGGUGUUUCUAAGAAUUCCAAAUUUGAAGAAGUUGGGAAUAUUAAUUGUUGAUUCAGACACUAUUAGGAAGUGUUAUUGUCUUGAUAAUCUUGUACAUUUAACUCAGCUUGAGAAGCUCAAAGUUGAGUUCAGCGAGAGUUAUCUGCUAAUUUUUAGGCGGAUUAGCGAAGGUUGGGUGGACCUUUCUUGGCUACACAUUCCACAUUGUGACAAUUUCCCACCAAACCUUAAGAAGUUAACAUUGUGCGGAACUUACCUACAAUGGGAAGACAUGAACAUUCUCAAAAAAUUACCUAAUCUUGAGGUGCUCAAACUUAAACAUCAUGCCUUUCACGGACUAAUUUGGAAACUAAGCGAUGAAGAUGAAGAUGGAUUCUUUCAGUUAAAGUUUUUACUUCUUGAGAGCUUGCAUCUGAAGCAAUGGGAAGCAACAAGUUAUCAUUUUCCAAGCCUUGAGCACUUAGUCCUAACAGAUUGCUAUUCAUUGGAGCAAAUUCCUUUCGACUUUGCAGAGAUUCAAACACUACAGCUGAUUGAACUACACAAAUGCAUGCUUUCUGUUCUUGAUUUAGCAGAGCAAAUACAAGAGGAGCAACAAAGUUUGGGAAAUGAUGACCUUGUUAUUCGUGUGAACUAUAUACGUGAGUAACAUUAAUAAAAAAGACAAAAAACUUAGUUGAUGGAGAGUGCCAUAAGAUAUACUCAAGCAUAAAUAAGUUGAUCACUCUUUGCAGUAGUUGAUCUUACCUUUCAGUGUAUUUCGAUUUCCUUUUUCCAGUUCAACUUGUUUGGGACUGAGGCUUAGUUUAGUGAAUUGUAUAUCUAGAUAUAAUUCAAAUAUAAUGCAUUUACUUUGGAAUGUG